AUGGCGUCCCCACCGAGGAAGAUCCAACUCGUACGCAUCACCCAUGUGUACUACAAAUACCCGGACAUGGACAAGGCAGUGACCUUCCUUAACGACUUCGGCUUUACGGAAGAAAAGAGAAUCUCAGACGAGAAGAUUUACUUUAGAGGAUACGGGAAAGACCCGUGGGUACUGUGCGCCACUAAAGGGGAUAAGCCCGAUUUUGGAGGUGCCGGCUUUAUCGUGGAAUCUGAGGAGGACUUGCAAAUCGCAUCUGAGACACUUCCAAAGGCGACCAAAGUCUACGAGCUAUCGGAUGCGCCUGGUGGUGGCAAGGGUGUGACCUUCUACGACCCCGUCGAUGGCUUCCCAUUCCACCUAGUGUACGGCCAACAGCCCGCUGAGAUGUUGGAUAUCCCUCUGCCACAUGAACCCGUGAACUACCCCACCGAGAAGAACCGGCCCGUAAACAAGUUCCAGCGAUUCCAGAAGCGACCAGCCCCAGUGCACAAGCUAGGCCACUUCGGUGUAAGGACGACGAACUUCGCAAAGGCGCACGAAUUCUACAGCACUCACUUCAACUUCUUGGCAAGCGAUCUCAUCCAUGAUGCCCAAAAGAUCGACCGAACAGUGUUCUACCGUCUGAACAGAGGAGACGAGGAAGUCGAUCACCACGUCUUCUUUUUCGCCGAAGGAGGACACUACAGAGUUCACCACUCCUCAUUCGAAACUCACGAUUUCGACACUCAGGUCCUGGGCCAUGAUUGGCUGCGAGAGAAGGGUUACAAGAACUGCUGGGGCGUUGGAAGACACGUCCUUGGCAGCCAGAUCUUUGAUUAUUGGUACGACCCGUUCGGUCUCAUCAUGGAGCACUACGUCGAUGGCGAUAUGGUGAAUGGAUCGGAGCCGACACACCACUCACAGGCUGGUCCUGGUAGUCUACACGUCUGGGGCCCCGCGGUCCCUGGAGAGUUCCUGCCAGCGAAAUAA